GAUGCCCAACAGCAGCUCCAUCAGCGAGUUCCUCCUGCUGGCGUUGGCAGACACGCGGCAGCUGCAGCUCCUGCACUUCUGGCUCUUGCUGGGCAUCUGCCUGGCUGCCCUCCUGGGCAACGGCCUCAUCAGCACAGCCGUAGCCUGCCACCACUGCCUGCACACCCCCAUGUACUUUUUCCUCCUCAACCUCGCCCUCCUCGACCUGGGCUGCACUCUGCCCAAAGCCAUGGCCAAUGCCCUCUGGGACACCAGGCACAACUCCUAUGCAGGGUGUGCUGCACAGCUCUUUUUCUUUCUCUUCUUCAUCUCAGCAGAGUAUUGCAUUCUCACCAUCAUGUCCUAUGACCGCUACGUUGCCCUCUGCAAGCCGCUUCAUUAUGGGACCUUGAUGGACAGCAGAGCUUGUGCCACCAUGGCAACUUCUGCCUGGGGCACUGGGGCCCUUAAUUCUCUUCUGCACACUGCCAGUACAUUUUCACUGCCUCUCUGCAAAGGCAAUGCUGCACAGGUUUUUUUUUGUGAAAUCCCCGAGAUUCUGAAGCUCUCCUGCUCAGAAUCAGACUACCUCAGGGAAAUUUUGAAUAUCUAUUUUAGUCUUUGCUUAAUCUUCGGUUGUUUUGUAUUCAUUGUGCUCUCCUAUGUGCAGAUCUUCAGGUCUGUGCUUAGGAUGGCCUCUGAGCAGGAACGGCACAAAGCCUUCUCCACAUGCCUCCCUCACAUGGCCGUGGUCUCCCUGUUAGUCAGCACUCUCUUGUUUGCCUACCUGAAGCCACACUCCCUUUCUUCUCCAUCCCUGGACCUGGUGGUGUCAUUUCUGUACUCGGUGAUACCUCCCACAGUGAAUCCUCUCAUCUACGGUGUGAGGAACCAGGAGCUCAGGGAUACCCUGAGGAAACUUUGGGAAAUCCCAAAGUGUUUGUUACUUCCUAAAAUGUGCAUUUUCUUUUAA